AGCAUUAAUUGUUGUGGCAUUCAGUCCACUAUCUCUCUCCCAAUGCGGGCGUCUUUCGUGCGUGAAUUCAAUACAAAGAAUACAUAUUAAUGUAAAUAUUGUCGACAAUAGCAGUGAAAUACUCUUUUCAAUUUCCAGGAUAUACAGACCCAACGCUCAUAACUUCCCCCAGAGUUGUCAGUUCCACAGCCCAACAAAGAGUGCUUUAACUCCUCUCCACUUCUCUCUCCAUCUCUAAUCACUACACGUGAAGAAAAAGUGGGCCUUAAGUCACCAUCCGUUUCACGUAUACCACAGAUGUUCUCUCGCUUUAAAAGUUUGUGAGCUUUAAAUUUUGUAGUCAUCUCUCAAGAAAUCGCAACAAUUCAAGAGAUUUGCUCUCAAUUAAGACAAUGAUUGCCAAUAGAGUGAUCUCGAAGUUUGUUCUGCCAUACGAUACCUCUUCGACGCCAUAUAAUAAUUCAGACUUUGAUCCCGAAGUUUACGAUCUCUGUCAGCAGGAGUUGGGAUCAAAUCAUUUACGAGUUGCCAAAUGCAUUGUCGUCGGAGAUAUUGCCGUCGGAAAGACUUGCCUUAUAAACCGAUUCGGAUAUAAUGUUUACGCCAAUAACUAUAAGGCAACCAUUGGUGUGGACUUCGAUGUCCAGAAGUUUGAGAUAUUGAACACACCAUUCAGUCUACAAAUAUUCAAUAUUUUUGCUAUCGAGACCUCAAUUCAUAAACUUCUAUAUCAUUAA